CCUAGUCUUCCUGAAUUCUUCGUAUGCUCUGCAGUUAUUUUGUAAAAGUGCUCAUCCAUAAAUAAAUAAUUUUUUAGUUUCAGAAAUGGAAAUUUCGAAAUUAAAUUUGUAUACAAAUAAUAAACACAGCAGAAUUAGUAUUAUAGUUAUUUGGUUUUUAACAGUUUUCAAAUUUUACACGUUUCCUUUAAUUAAUUCGGAAGAAUUUAAUGAAAAUGAAUUGAAUGCAUCAAGAUCAUUAUCGAGACAAAAACGGUAUUUGAUAUUUCCUCGAGGAAGUAAUGUUCAGCUGGUUUAUUGUUUGACAAUUGGAGCUUAUGGCAGAGAAGGUGACUUAGUUUUGGGAAUGACAGCAGCAUUGGCGUGGGAAUUACCAAACAAGGUGGAGCAAAAAUUUAAAAAAAUACUUCACAGAAAAAGUAGAAGCAUUAUUUUUCCAAAAAUCGAAGCAUUUUUACAGUCCACUGGUCUUAAUGGGAAAUCCUGCGUAAUGAAGGCCCUUUGUGAAGCAGGGCAAAGAAGUGAAUUGGAAAUUGGAAAAGGUACUUUCAUUCAAGAGCUUUUGCACGCCAUUUUCACUUUACCCAACGAUGGUACCGCCUUCGAAUCGAUAGAGAACAAACUUUAUGACUACGCAUAUAAGACCAAACAAGACUGCACAACUUUGUAUCCAAACUGUCAAUACUCUAUUAACAAUAUCCUAUUUUAAACCAUGAUUUUCAAACAUUUUUUUAAUGAAAACAAUUUUUGACUCGAAUUUAAAAAUUUUAAAUUAUUGCUUCUCGUGGAGGAAGCUUUGUAGUCGUUUAAUUUAUGAAAUUUAAAAAAAAGCUAUAAACAAUUUUUCCUUUAUAUAGGAAUGCGUUAUAUAAGAUCCUGAACACAUGUCCGGAUGUAUGUAUGUGUGGAUCCCAUUUUUUGUGAACACGAUAACUUGAAGAGGUUUUAACGAAUUUGGCUAAAAAUUGCUAGGUAUAUAUUAAAAUAAUAUCUCAAAAUGUAUUGAGAGACUUUAAAAAAUCCUCAAAGAUUUUUUUUUGAGAAUUUAAAAAAAAAUUUCAAGAUGUAUAAUAAAAUCUUAUUCUUUGCAUCAAGACGGAUAGAUUGGUCUAUAUUAAGUAUAAAUUGUAUGAGAAUUAAUAGAGUUAAUCACAAUUAAAGCCGAAAAAUUUGCAUUUUUAUAAAAAAACCAGUUCUUUCAUCAAAAUUAUGUUGCUGUACAAUAAAAUCUUACUCCUUACUUUUAAAAAUCUUAUUCUUUGUAUCAAGACGGAUCGGCUGGUGUAUAUUAAGUAUAUAUUGUGUUGGGAUUUAUAGAAUUAAUCACAAUUAAAGAUAAAAAA